AUGCCAUUCAAAAUCAUUGACAGAUCAGAUCUCAGUGCGCGCCAUGGCGUUGCGUACAAUGUCAGGACGAUUAAAGUUCCCGUGAUUAACCAGAUCGUUUCGUUGGCCAUUUUUCGCGGUUGCGGAGAUAUGAGUCCUCAUGUGCGCAAAGCUGCGGCCCUAGCCAUCCCAAAAUGUUAUAAUCUGGAUCCGUCGACGUUGCCUCAACUUUUGGAAUAUCUAUCUACGCUCCUAGGUGACAGCCAGUAUUUCGUAGUGGGACCCGCUGUCUCAUCAUUUCUUGAGGUGUGUCCUGACAGGAUUGAUUUGGUACACAAGCAUUAUCGCAACCUUGUUAGGAAGCUAGUGGAUAUGGAUGAAUGGGGACAACUUGCGACCCUACGGUUGAUGGUAGUCUAUGCUAGGAAAUGUUUUCCUAGGAGAACAGAAAAACUAAAGGCUUCCAAGCCUAAGGGUUUUUAUGAAGAGGAAGAUGAGGGGAAUGCAGAUGCCGAGGAAUCUGGUGAGGAGAUUCAGGUAAUCGACCCAGACCUUGACCUCUUGCUCAGGGCAUGCAAACCUCUACUCCAAAGUCGGAACGCCGCCGUCAUUGUGAGUGUCGUUCGACUGUUCCUAUAUGUUGGGACUAAUGCGUACCUUAACACUGCUGUUGGACCAUUAGUUGCCUUGUUGCGGGGUCCGCAAGAUAUACAAUAUGUCGCACUAUAUAAUAUCAUAUGUGUGGCCCUCAUCGACCCAAAUCCCUUCUUGAAGUACGCUUCGCAUUUCUUAAUACGCUCGUCUGAUCUGCCGCAUAUAUGGAGGUUAAAGCUAGAAAUCUUAACUCUCCUAUUCCCACACUGCGGACUUCACCUUAAAGGCAUCAUUCUCAGUGAACUGGAGCAUUUUUCCCAUGAAUCACAACCUGAACUCGUUCGAGAAAGUGUAAGGGCAAUUGGUAGAUGUGCUCAGAAUGACUCAGCCACAUCAGCGUGGUGCCUUCGAGUUCUGCUGAGCCAGAUAUCCAGUGCCGAUGAUAAUCUUGUCUCGGAAGCCUUAACCGUCAUUAGGCAUCUUAUCCAACAAGAUCCAGCAUCACACAAAAAGACAGUCGUUAUGCUAGCUAAACACCUCGACACGACGACCAGCCCCGAUGCAAGGGCCAGCAUAAUAUGGCUAGUGGGUGAGUUUGCAGGCAUUGACGUGGGCAACGAUAUUGCCCCAGAUGUCCUGCGGAUUCUUGUAAAGGGAUUCGCAGAUGAAUCCGAAACGGCGAAGCAACAAAUUGUCCUUUUAGGAGCUAAGGUCUACCUCCACCACCUGCUACAUAUCGCCGAGAACAUCGAAACAACAACCAAUAAUAUCGAAAACGAGAACCAUGGCAAUGACUGUGACAACGCUCCACAAACCCCAUUCCAAGCAGAACCUGGAGAUAAAGACUCCCUAAAAGUCCUAUGGGAAUACAUUCUCCUGCUAGCCCGCUACGAUAUCUCCUACGACCUUCGUGAUCGCGCCCGCCUCUACAAAUCUUUACUCGCAGUACCGAGUUCCACGCAACUAGCCAGCCUCCUCCUACUCGCCCCAAAACCGGUCCCUUUCACCCCCUCCCCAUCAGAAACGCGCAAGGACCUACUUCUCGGCACAUCUUCGCUUGUCAUAGGGCCCGAUGCUGGUAUCCACGGCUUGCGUGGUUACAAGCCUCUUCCCGAUUGGGUCCAUGCUGGGGAGGAGCCAGAUCCAAAACUUCGUGAGGAUGAGCUGAGCAAAGCUGGGCUUGUUGAGAAGGUGCAUCUGACGGCUGGUGAGAGGUUGGAUCAUGCACUCAAGGAACAUGAUGUUGGGACGGGUAGGGCUAAGCAGAAUGGGGUUGUGGUGGGGAAUGGGAAGAAGACGUUGGAUGAUUGGCUUGCGGAGGACAGUGAGGAGAGUGAUGAGGAGGAGGAGGAUGAGGAGGCGGAGGAGGAGGAGGAAGAAGAAGAAGAAAAAGAAGGAAGUACAGAUUACGAAAGUGAAGAGGAUGAGAAAUCGGAGGAUAGUCAAGAGGGAGAGAACGAGUCGGGGAAUGAGUCUGAAGAGGAUCACUGCAGAGAUGAUGAAAAUGCCGCUUUGCCACAUAAUUUUGCUUCACAUUCCAGUUCUGGUGGUGUGAGGAGUGACGUGGGUUUCAUUCAAUCAAGCCUUUUUCAGGAGCAUCCAAGAUAUCCCAAUAGAAAGCACACAGCAUCCCUUCCCUCACAACGCCCUUUGCGAGUCCCAUGGGGUAAUAUUCUCGGUAUGAUAUAA